GGAGUGUGUGUGUGUGUGAUGAAGAGGAGACGUCUCUGUUAAUGAUGGAUGACGGGAACAGACGCGAGCGGAUCAGACCUGCACACACACACCUGGAUGAAGACAGCUGUCUUGCUGAACGAGCUCCUAAAGGUUGCAUCAGUGCAGGAGAUGUUGUGCACGCUCCUCCUCGUCCACUGCGUGUUAAACCAGGAUGUAAAGGACCCGCCAUCAACAGAGACCUCAAACCCAGGAGACUGCCCAAGAGCUCCUCAGAUGGACGAUUGGAGUUGAUGGGAUCUGCUGACAGGGCUGUCACAGUCCCACAGAGGCCGGUGAGAUCAUUACCCAGAGAUCACCUGCGUUUACCGCCUCUACCAGUGCAGACCAUCCCUAACUAUCCAAACCAGUUUGAUGAGUCUCCUCCAUCCAGACCAGCACCAGCACCAGCGUCACCGCAAACCAGAUCACACAACAGCAGACCCGCAUGGACACAAUCCAGUCCGAGUGAGCGAGAGAAUGUUAAACCACCAUCAUCUGCAAGUCACACGUCUCACAGGUUUUCUCUGGAUCUGGACUCUCAGGAUUUGGACAGCUCCUGUGAGAGCCAGAAGAGCUCAUUCGGUAAGAACCGACUCACUGAAUCACAGCUGGAGCAGCUCAGAUUCACAGAUUCUGGAUUCGUUACAGAUUCACUCGCCAGGAAGCAGCAGCAUCACGAAUGGCCUCCUGCUAAAGGAGAAACCGACGGCAGCUUCACCAACCACAGCAAACCUGCGCAGGGAUUGGCGGAUCAGAACUGGUAUGUUGGUGCGGUUAGUCGUGUGGACGCUGAACACGCUCUUCACCUGGUCAACCGGGUAUAACACACCUUCAUUUCACUCCAGCAUCAUCACAUUUGUUAACAGUUCAGAGACACAAGAACGUACAGAAAUCACACUCAGAAAACAAACA